ACGCGUCACUUCCGGAGGAAUCUUCCAGCGCUUUGCGCCUUGCGCUUUAAAAGGCUGCGUUGGUGACGCUCCCGCGACGUUGACAGCUGUUGUGAUUCAGAGACAGUCAUGAUCCUGUUGACGCCAUCCUCCGGUAGGUGCAUCAAUCUAAUCUGGAUUACUGUGCACUCGUCUGGGCAAAUUAGGGAUUGAUUUUGGUUGCAGUGAAUAAAUGGGAUGAGGUUUUCUUAAAUGAUCGCCGUACUCAUAUCGUGUAUAGCCUGCAUGCAUUUGUAUGUUCCCGUCGUCUUAGCGCUCAAAUGAAUGUCAUGUCUUUAUUUUUCAAUACCUGUUGUUCUUCUGUCCUCUCAUUCAGCCUUUCAGUCAAUAAUAGGUAACGUGGUAGUCUUGUGUAACAUGGGACUUGCCAUCAUACAUUCAACAGCAACUCAGAUGUAGUGAGCUGCUUGAAAUUGGCCGAAUCGGUGUGCGUUUGAUUUCCAGCGACAUAUUAUACAUACUCAACAACAGCCCUCAAAAGACGAACUACAUGUUUCUCUUUUGUGAUACUCACAAGUUAAUGUGUCUGAAAGUAUUUUCAGGUGUCAUGCAGAAUUGGACGUUUCAGUAAAGUAAAAGCAUUCCUGCAGUGAAAAAAAGUUGUUCGUGGCUGUCUGCUCUUGUCUCAUCCGCUGUUUUCUUUCAGAUGAAGAAUCUCUUGAACUGCCCUGCCUUUGGAAUCACAGGAAGUUCAGGGUGAAACUUGCUAUACGGGCUGCUACAAUGCACCAUUUAAAUCUAUAUUGCAACUUUUGAAGUCAUGAUCUAAGCACGCUGUCUUGGACGGUACUAUGACAUGAGAGAAAGCGAAUAUUGAUUUGUGGGGGGUAAAGACAGGGUUUUUUUUGGCCCGUGCGAGCUGGUGUCAGCUUUCAUUACAUCUCGCUGACUUUGUGUUGAUGGCUGCACAGUAUGUAUGUCGUGUAUAUAGCUGUUACUCGAAUCUGUAUUGCAAAAUUUAGCGUCACUGUAAACACACAAGAACUUGUAAAUGAAGCCAAAAGCAAACGGCGUCUUUUUCAGUGUACUGUAUGCUCUCUCAGCAGUAAACUCGAACAACGCAGGCAAGCUUUUUUUUUCUACUUUAAAAUCGAUGCUUGGGUGGCCCUUGUCAAUCGACUGGGGCCAUUAGCUGCUGCCACAUUGUCCUAGGUCACCGCUCUUGAUUGGUGCUAGCCAGCAGACAAAUUGAUCUCACGUCUGGUAUAUGUCAAUGCAGUUGUUGCAAUUAAUUCACACUCUCACUCUAGCCAAUAGUGAAAGUACGUAGUUACCCAAAUGUCCAUUGUUCGUGAGCAGUGCUUGUGUGAGUGUGUAUAUAUGUGUGUGUACUGACAGAAAAAAGCACUUUAAUUGAUCAUGUGGCAGCAUCAUGAACAACUGAACAACUGGUUAUAGCACAUCCACCUCUCAUUGCAGAGGUUCUGGGCUCAAACCCAGGCUCCGGCUUUCCAGUGUGGAGUUUGGAUGUUCUUCCUGUGCCUGUUUGGGUUUUUUACGAGUACUCCACAUUCCACAAACGAGGCUCAUUGAAGACUCUAAAUUGUCCGUAUAUAGGUGUUGAACGCACGUGUCUCUAUGUGCGCCCUGCCAUUGGCUGGCGACCCGUUUAGGGUGUACCCUGCCUCUCGCCCAAAGAUAGCUGGGAUGGGCUCCAACACGCUUUGUGACCCUUUUGAGCAGCAAUGCCCAAGUCCGGUCCUCAACCAUAUUUUAAUCACCUGCACUCAAUGCACAUGUUUGAAUGCAAGUAAAUUCAAAGUGGUGUGUGAUAUGUAGCACGAGAGAAACCCUUGAUAAUGUCUGACUGCCUAAUGGAAACUGUCAAAUACUGACCAGAGAUGUAGGUACAGUAAACGUAUGUGGGGUUUUUUUUUGUUUUUUUUUAACUGAUUCUGAAUCGGCCAGCGUUUCUUUUUGCUAGCACAUCAGGUCUUUGGAAUUAUGUAAUACGCGAUAUACUGUAGUAAUGUUUAGAAUUUUUCUGAAUUCAGGCUUUGGUCCAACAAGAGGUGGACUUAUUUUUUUCGGAAAACAUUAGGCUGUAAAUUACAACGCAUGGCAAAUCCGUAUUCUCGCAAACUUUAUUCAGUCAAACUUCAAACCCAAAAAUGAAAAUGUCUCAAAAACUCGAUGUGCUAAAAAGAAGUAAAGACAUUUUUGAAAUAAGCGUGAAAAUACAAUUGAGGGUCUCUGAUUAAAAUUUGCUGUUGACCAGUGGAAUAGUUAACAAAUCUUCGAUUGCGUGGGUGGAGGACACUAAUGAUGCAUGCUGUAGGCUGCACACCCCUGACUAAACGAAUGCAUUCUUGUUAUCCGAAUAUGGGCCUAUAUGUUGUAUUGCCGGUUCCCGCCCAAUAAAUGUGUGGCGACAAGUGAUGCUUCUUUUAUAUUAGGUAGCAGACUCCGAUAGGUCGUUUCGUAUCCAGUUUUUGCUUUUCACAGCUGAGAUUUGACUCAGACUGGGACAAAUGGUUCACGUUUCGACACACUAAGGUCAACCGGCUCGGUUGUGGGAUAGGUCUCUUCCAGUGCACCAACAAGUUGUUUCUCAGCGAUCAGGCCACGGGACUCCAGAUCAUGGAAUUUGCUCGUAGAAAUGCUGCUAACGCCCUAUCAGUUGCCAACAUGGUCAUGGGCAUAGCCUCCAUCCUCGGCAGUCUUGAUGGGCGCCAUCAUGCGGCAUGUUGGUCGAUUCUGAUUGGCUACCUGCUGGAUCUGGCCGAUGGAGCUGUUGCCAGGAGGCUUGGCACCUGUUCUGCUCUAGGUGCAAAGCUGGAUGAUUUUGCAGAUUUCACAACGUUUGGGAUCGCCACAUCCCUGCUGCUGAGGACGCCUGACCUGUUGGAUCACAUCCUCUGCAUGUGUUACAUCCUCUCAGUUUUUGUUCGCCUCUGUUUCUUCUCGAGCGGAAUCCCAUUCAUGUAUUGUGGACUGCCCUGCACCUACUCGGCGGGCGUCCUCGCCAGUGCCUCGUUGCUGUCGGGCAACAACACGGCCAUGCUGCGAGUCCUCGCUGUGGCCAUGAUCCUAUUCAUGAUUAAUCAGAGUUUCUACCCUCACGACCGAGUGCUGGAGUCAGAGGCCUGGAAGAAAGUUGUCUAUGCUGGAGGAGUGGUCAUGCUGUUCUGCUCGUUCUUCCUCCCCCCCUGUGUGUACUACCUACUGUGGUCUAUCUCCUACAUUUUGUUCCCAACAUCUCUUUGGAGCAGUAAAGUGUAAAAAUGAGAAGGUGGCCAAUUCCAGAUUGCGGCUAGCUGCCAUGGAGGCUCACCAGAAGCUCAUUCACCACAAACAAACACUGCUGUAUUUAGGAUUCCCCCCCCCCCUCCUUUUUUAAAAUAUUGGAUGUGACACCUUGCAGGGAGAAUCCAGAUGAGAAAGACAGAUAUCCUAACACGAUUAACUCUGAUGCCUUCUCUAAAGGUGAACAAGAUAAGUCUUGUCCCACCCCCCAUCUUAAAAAUAAUUGUGAUCUGAUUGGUCUCUGGUGUGAUCUCGACAGUCUUAAUCCAAUUUCCAGUUUUAUCAGUUUUAUGCAAAUGGACGCAGAGUGCCAAAUAAAUUAA